UAUGGUGUACACUCCAUUUUUCACAGAAGCAUUUGGAGAGCAUAGAGAAGAAGAACAAGAAUGGUACAAACGAUUGCAAUGCCCGUGGCUCCUUCAGUCUCCAUCAGCAAUGGCCACUUCUCCAAAAGAAUUUCUCUCCCUAUCCUCAACACUCCCAAGCCAAAGGUUCAAAGAUUAAGCAUUCAGUGCGUUCGUGUCGGCGGUGUUGAAAUUCCAAACAACAAACGAAUUGAAUUCUCGUUGCAGUACAUUCACGGAGUUGGAAGGAACAGAGCGAGACAGAUUCUAACUGAUAUCAAAAUGGAUAACAAAGUUACAAAGGAAUUGAGUGAAGAAGAGCUUAUUAUUAUUAGGGAAGAAGUGUCUAAAUACAUGAUUGAAGGAGAUUUGAGACGAUUCAAUGCGCUUAACAUUAAGAGGUUGAAGGAGAUUCAGUGUUACAGAGGAAUUAGGCAUAUUCAGGGACUUCCUUGUAGAGGACAGCGAACGAAGAACAAUUGCAGGACUUUGAAGGGUAAGAAGGUUACUGUUGCUGGCAAGAAGAAAAAGUAAAUAUUUAGCAUCCUUUUGAUUUAGUCGGUUUGAAUUGUGUAAGAAAAAAAUAACAAUGUUUUGGAUGAUGCAAUUGUUUUUGUUAAAUUGGAUGUAAUUUUGUUGUUGUGGAAGUUUGAACAAAGUUUAUGAGUAAUUAAUCCUGUGAA